AUGAACAACAACCUCAUUUUAUUGAUCCUCCUAUUAAGGAAACCUAGUCAACAGGUUUAUGAUCUCUUGACUGAGUAUUUAAAAGUAACUCUUAAAUUAAAUUACAUAAGAUUCAUGAUGUUAUGGAAAUUGUUAAUAAUCCAACAUUGUAAAAUACAAUCCUCAGUCACAUCGAACCUGAAUUGUUACAGAUAACCUCCAUGAAUAAAUUCCAUAAGAUAAUUGGAGAAAGUAAUGAUUUAAUUGUAAUAGCAGCACUUCGUGAAAAAUAGUAAUAGAAAACUCCAGGAGGCAGCGUUGUUGAUUUGUUUUUUAGGAAUAUGCUAUUGCUAUUCAAUCAAAUGGAUUUUAAUCAAAUGUUAAAAUCUUGGAAUGAUUUCAGAGAAGGUCAAGAUAAUCAUCUGCAAAACAAUCCCUUCUUAACUGAUUCAUACAUUGAGUACUUACUUACUAAAUUACAAAGUAUCUUAUCCAAUCUACUUGUUAGCAAGUUCAAGCUAUGUAAACUUAGAAGAGCUAAAACAAAUAAUCGAAUAACCAAAUUUGAAUGAGAAUUGCAAGGUCAAUUUUCUUAAAGCCCUCUUAUAUGCUUUGUUAAGAUAUCCAUUUCGAGCUAUAAAGUUUUCUCGCAAAUACUAUGACAUGACUUUGAAUAGUCUUGUUCCUAAAAAAGUGAAUCAUUGCAUUAUGAACUCUAUUUACCUCAACAUGAAGAUGAAUUUCUAUGAUGAAGCAUUGAACAGUUUAUCCGAAGGUUUGAGAUUGUCAUAGACAGUAUCUGAUGAACAAAGCAUUAAUCUUUGUUUGCUCAAUCUCUUUGAAAUAGCCUAUCGUAACAAUUAUCAAAAAUAAGUACAUUGAUUGAUCAUUUUUAUAGGCUACUCUAUUAUUAGAAUAUGCUGUGAAUCAUGCUUAAUAGUUAAGUCCAUAACAUAGAUUAUAGAGUGCUUUAAUAUAUGGGUCGCAAAUAAGAUACAAAUAAAUUAAUUAUUCAUUGUUGAAGAAGAAGCAUAUUAAUUGGAAAGACAUAAUACAUUAGAGUUUGAAAUAGAUUUUACAAUCUCAUAGUCCAGAUAUUGAAUAGUCCAUCACUGCAUACUAAUUAGUAUGUGCAAAUAAUUAUGGCAAUUCAACUAUGAUUCAAAAUGCACUUGAUUAAUUACAGCAAUUCGAUUAAAAUGAUUAGACUCUUUCUCUUCAAUUAGAAGCCUUGAGUCAAAUAGCCUUGCAUCAACCAUUGUACACAUUGUCAUAAUUCUAAUAAUGUUUUGAAACUACCUAUAACUUGAGUGAAUAAUCAAUCUUAGUCAUUUUGAAUAUAUGUUUGGAAUACUUUGAAAUAAUCAAUGAGCCAAUCUCAGUUAAGUACAUUAAGUAGAUCAUGAUGCAAUUAUUGUAAAUGAAUCCUGAUCCAUACAUUUCUGAAUCCUUGCAAAUAGUUCCAAUUAAAAGUAAGAUAUUCAUAUGAUGAGAUCCUAAGCUUAGAGUCAAGUAACUGUUAAAGGAUGGCGAAAAUGAUUUGGAGAUUAUUAAAUUAUGCAAGCAAUUUCAUUUGAAUUAAUAAUAUUUGGAAUACAAACUUAACAUUAUUGAAAGAAAUAUUAAAUAAGAUUAGAUUUAGGAGGCUUAAGAUAAAUUAAAUAACAUAAAUUUGUAUGAAUUAUCAUAAUCAAACUGUGUUAUUUAAGCUAAAUUUUGGAAUCUUAUGGCUCGUACUUAUAAAAAUAUUAAGUAUUAUGCCACGUCUAUCAACUUUGCCAUAUAAGUUGGUUGGAUAGCAAUGAUACAAUAGAAUUAUUAUGAUAUGGCUUUCAUUUAUGAUCAAUAGGGUAAUUGUUUGGGUUAAUGUUGAAUAGAGUUAUUCGAUCAGAGAGAUCAUUGUGCUGAACAAUUUAACAAAGCUGAUGCACUAAUUAGUUCAUGUAGUUAGAAUACCAAUUUGAUCUUCUUUAAGAUAAAUGAAAUUGGAAUAGUGGAGUACUUGUAUCGCUUUCUAAAUAAUAUACAAUCCUAAUUUAGUUGUAAUAUGUGA